AUGGUUUUGGAAGCUGGUUCAAAUCCGAUAGAGACCAUAAAACACCCCGACGAGUUCGACACAAUGUUGAAAACGGUUCUGUAUCCCAAAAACUACGAUUCAGUUUCAGGAUGGAUUCCCGAUGUCGGUAACGGAGAAGUUUUAAAAGAACCGGUCAGAACUGUGGCAGAUGACGCAGACCUUGCUAGGAUAAGGGUAGUUGCUAGAAACACACUGGAAAGAGUGACUCGCGGAGUAAAUCACGGAUUUGAAAAACGAGCGCUUCAAUACAACAAUGUUGUUGAGAACAACAGAUGGGCUGCAGCUGGUGCAACUGCUGGUGGAGCUGCUGGGAUAGCCAAAACUGUCAACGAUAAGAAAGCUGAAGCCGCUGCAAACGCCGAAGCACGUAGACACAAUUUGGCAAUGGAAAGAGAAGCACGAGGAGGUUCGGGAGUAGGAGAUAUAUUAGGGACGGUUAAAGAAUUCGGACAAAGAUUUGGCGAAGAAACCAAGAAAACCGUUAAAGAGGGAUUAAGCAAAUUAAUAGAUAAAAUCGACACUGGAGAAAUGAAGAUUUCAAUUCUCUGUAUAUCUACACAACAACACCAGAGCAAUCGUAUUAUCAAUUCCUAUUAUUUACCAAAGAAAGACGUUCAAGACAUAUUUCAAUAUUACGAGGGAAACGAAGAAGAAGUGGAAAUAAAAGAUAUCAUAGAAAACUUCAUUAAAUCAAAGAAUCCAUCUUUCAAUCCAACGGAUAUAAAAGUUUUUCUUACGAAAAAUGUUAAUGAUCUAGACUUGUCUAAUAUUGAUAGCAAUCGAAAGAACUUAAUAUUGUUUGACGACUGCGUAGCGCAAAGAAAUCAAACUGUUCAACAAGAAUUCUUCACCAAAGGAAGACAUCACAACUGUCACUGCAUAUACCAAUCCCAAUCCCAAUCUUUUUACGGGAUGGAUUCUAUGUUCAUUAGAAAAAAUGCAAAUUGUUUUUUAUUAUUUGAAUUAAACGAUAAAGAUUUAUCUCAAAUCAUUCAGUCUAUAAAUCACGGAAUGGAUAGAGAUACAUUUAAAAAGGUUUGUAAAGCUCAACGGAGAAACCCAGAUGAUCAUGGAUAUGUAUUUGUAAAUACUAGAAAACCUGCGGGAGAAAGAGUUAUGAUCGAUAUAUGUUAA